AACAAAUCAUAUUAAAUAAAAAGUGAGCUUGUAGUAUAUCAUCCCAACUUUAUCAGCGCUGCCUGGCCUGCAAAGACGAAAACUACCAACGAAUUUGGCUGCAGAGAUAAACCUCCCAUAAUGGCAGCGAUAACACGGGGUUUCCCAUACACUCUGAAACCAGCUGUUGUGCGUAGGAUCACAUUCCUCUGAUGUUCAAAGGACGACUCGAUGCUUCUCAUCAACAAAACGACAAACAAAUGGUCCUGUCAACAUGCACUCGCUCAACUAAGACCUGUACGCUGAAGGGCACAGGCGCAAAUCCAGCUUCUCAAGGUCCUCCCUGUAUUGUUUACCAUUUUCCAAAGAUGUUGUGGCUUUUGUUUUACCCUGACCUGGCUUGUCACCAGCUCAAAGAGCCUAUAAAGAGAAAGCUCAGGCAGCUUUCAUCAUUUUACACUGGCUGGGCGUGAGGAGCUUCGUUGACGCCGUUUUGUUCGCUCCGUCUUAUGGAUUCGAUCCCUUCCUGUGGCGGGACCAUGUCUACUGUGGAUAUGGAUGGCGCGGUGACAGACCUGGUGUCCCUUUCCUUAAAUGCCACAGCACACCUGUCACCUGGCAUCCCGAUAGCAACAAGAACCCUCAUUCUUCUCGUUUGUCUGCUAGUGGUGGCCUGGAGUCACACGGAGAAAAACACGGUUCCAGGCCCUUCGUUCUGCCUGGGUUUUGGUCCACAUUUAUCGUAUUUGAGAUUUAUCUGGACUGGGAUUGGCACAGCCAGCAACUACUACAACAAGAAAUACGGAGACAUUGUCAGAGUUUGGAUCAACGGAGAGGAGACCCUUAUACUCAGCAGGGCCUCAGCAGUUAAUCAUGUUCUGAAGAAUGGAAAAUACACCUCCCGUUUUGGGAGCAAGCCAGGACUCAGCUGCCUCGGCAUGAAUGAAAGAGGCAUCAUCUUCAACAACAACGUGGCCCUGUGGAAAAAGAUACGCACCUAUUUUGUCAAAGCCCUGACAGGUCCCAAUCUGCAGCAGACGGUGGAGGUCUGUGUGUCCUCCACGCAGACCCACCUGGACAACCUGGACAGCUUGGCUCACGUGGACGUCCUCAGUUUGCUGCGCUGCACUGUGGUUGACAUCUCCAACAGGCUCUUCCUGGACAUCCCUCUCGACGAGAAAGAGCUGCUGCUGAAGAUUCACAGGUAUUUCGAGACAUGGCAGACGGUGCUGAUCAAACCUGACAUCUACUUCAAGUUUGGCUGGAUUCACCAAAGACACAAGACAGCAGCCCAGGAGCUUCAGGAUGCCAUAGAAAGCCUCGUGGAACAAAAGAGGAGAGAAAUGGAGCAGGCAGAUAAGCUGGACAUCAACUUCACGGCAGACCUCAUCUUUGCACAAAACCAAGGCGAGCUGUCGGCUGAGAACGUGAGGCAAUGCGUGCUGGAGAUGGUGAUCGCUGCUCCGGACACUUUGUCCAUCAGCCUCUUCUUCAUGCUGCUGCUCCUCAAACAAACCCCCCAUGUGGAGCUGCAGCUGCUGCAGGAGAUAGACACCGUCAUAGGCGACAGACAGAUGCAGAAUGGGGACCUGCAGAAGCUGCAAGUGCUGGAGAGUUUCAUCAACGAGUGCCUGCGCUUCCACCCGGUGGUGGACUUCAGCAUGCGGCGAGCGCUGUCGGAUGAUGUCAUCGACGGUUACCGGGUGCCGAAGGGCACAAAUAUCAUCCUGAACACGGGCCGCAUGCACCGGACGGAGUUCUUCCACAAGGCGGACGAAUUCAGUCUGGAGAACUUCCAGAAGAAUACUCCUCGCCGUUACUUCCAGCCGUUCGGCUCGGGCCCUCGCUCCUGCGUUGGCAAGCAUGUCGCCAUGGUGAUGAUGAAAUCCAUCCUGGCGACUCUGCUCUCGCAGUACUCUGUCUGCCUCCACGAGGGCCUGACCCUGGACUCCCUCCCACAGACCAACAACCUUUCCCAGCAGCCUGUGGAGCAUCAGGAGGAGGCCGAGCAGCUCAGCAUGAGAUUCUUACCCCGACAGAGAGGAAGCUGGCAAACGCCUUAGACGCACCAACAAAGUCCACAUAACAUUGUAUGGAUGCGCCCUCUAUCACUAUUGUCUUGUGAUUGUACAAAGCACUGCUGUUUCAUUUUAUGAGUCAUAUAUUUUGUGUUUAUACUUAUUUUGUUGUGAACUAUGUACAAUGUAAGUGUAUGCUAACUUUGUAGUAAAUGUAAAUUAUGUUGA